AUGAUUCGACGACAAUACGUUUUGAUCGUUUUAUUUACGGUUAUAUUUCAAAUAUUUUUUUCUACAAUAAAUACACUUUCAUUAUAUGAAGCAAAAUCUAAUGAAUGGCCAUCAUCAACAACAACAACAAUAACAACAACAACGAAUCCAACAAAUUCAACCGAUAAAUGUGAAUCAGCAUCGAUUGAUGAAUUUCCACCAUUAUUUUUUACGGAUGCACAAUUGCGUCAUGGUGGUAUUCUUGUAUAUAUUAUUCUUAUAUUGUAUUCAUUUGCAGCAAUUGAAAUUGUUUGUGAUGAUUAUUUUGCUUCAGCAUUAGAACGAAUAAGUUAUAAUUUUAACUUAACACCAGAUGUGGCUGGAGCGACUUUCAUGGCAUUGGCAACAUCAGCUUCAGAAUUUUUUACAUCAAUGGUUGGCGUCUUCUUUGUCAAAUCGGAUAUUGCUUUGGGCACUAUUGUUGGUUCUGCAGUAUUCAAUAUUCUUUUUGUCAUUGCUUUAUGUGCAUUAAUUUCAACAACUGUAUGCGAAAUUGAUCCUUAUCCAAUUGUACGAGAUGCAGGUUUUUAUUGUAUUGCUGUUGCAGUUCUUUAUAUAGUUAUAUAUGAUCAACGUGUUUUCUGGUAUGAAGCACUCGGAUUAGUUGCACUCUAUUUUGUUUAUGUGAUUAUAUUGAAAUUUAAUGAUCCUUUAUCCCGUCUUAUGCGUGGUAAUUCAACAAAAAAUAAAGGAAAUAUUUCAAAUGAACAAAAUCAAGAACAAUUACGAGCAUUAAAUAAUAAUGUUGAAUUAGAACAAAAUUUAUCAACACGUGCUCGAUCAGUUUCAGAAUCACUUAUGAUGAAUUCGGGACCAUAUGCAACAGGAACUGAUGAUAAUGAUGAUUUGAAACGACAUGCACCCUAUAAACCAUGUAAGAAACGUCUUAAUGAAACACCAAAUAAUCAAAAUAUAGUGGCUAAUGCAACAGAAAUAUUUGAUCCACUUAAAUUACCAACAAAAAAAUAUAAAAUUUUAAAAUGGGUACUAAUGUAUCCAGUUCGUUUACUUAUGCAUAUAACAAUACCUGAUUGUCGAAAAGAAGUUUUUCAUAAUUAUUAUAUGCUUACAUUUGUCAUGUCAACUAUUUGGGUGGCUGGUCUUGCUUAUCUUCUUGUAUGGCUUGUUGUCAUUGUUGGUUUUACUUUAAAUAUUCGAGAUAGUAUUAUGGGUUUAACAGUAUUAGCAUUUGGUUCAUCAAUUGAAGAAAUUUUUUCAGCAGUUGUUAUGACACGACGUGGUCAUCCUGAAAUGGCUAUUUCAGGCUCAAUCGGAUCGAAUGUUUUUGAUAUCUUAAUGGGUUUAGGUAUUCCAUGGUUAUUUCGAAAUUUAAUGCGUUUUACUCAUCAACCACCACCACUUGAAACAGCAUCACUUAUGGGAGAUCCAUCUUUAGUAGUAUUACCACAAAGUUCUUUAGAUCCUGCUGCUAGUUUAAAUAGUGAUCUAUCAUUAUCUACAAGUGAUAAUGGACCAUUUUAUGUUGAAAUUCAUUCACGAGGUUUAGUAUACUCAACAGUUGUUCUUUUCAGUGCCCUUAUUACAUUUCUUAUCACAUUCUUUCUCAAUCGAUGUCGUUUAACAAAAUUUUACGGAGUUUUUCUUAUUGUUAUAUGGUUGUCCGUCAUAAUUCUCAUGUGCCUAUUCGAAUUGAAUGUUUUUGGCAUCGUCCAUCCUGAACCGUGUCGAAAUAAACUUAUUAAGACUGUUUAG